AUGGCGCUCAUCACAGGACUCCUCUGCUGUGGCAGAUGUCGACGACUGGCAGCAUUCAGACAAUGGCUAUGGGCGAGGAACGAGGAGAGAGGACCAGGAAUGAGGCGCAGCAGAGAGGCUUUGCGAAAGGCAAAAGCCAAACGAGGUGGAUUCUCUCUUCGACGAAGAAGACUGCGAAAGAGUCCUGAACUGAAUACAAUCCAUGAACAGGCACGUGUUUUCUGUGUCGUCAGGCACUGCAAUCUGUGCUUCACUGUUAACUUGGCUUCACAGGAAGACGAAUCAGCCAUCUUUGCACCUGCAGACAUUGAACAACCGGCCAUCGAGUCUGAAAACAGCACAGCCCCUGUUCUCAAAGCAGCCAUCGUCGCCGUCACUGCAGAAUCUACCCAAGAGCCUCUCCCACCUGCGUUCCCUGCAAACAACGAAAAUAUCAAGCCUGCAGAAGAUCCUGGCGCAGGCAGUGCCGAGCCCAAAGCAGCCGGUGCCUCACUUUCACCUCACUUUGCUAUUGCCGGAGAAGAAGUUCUAGCCUGCGCGGUCUCUACUCAGCAACAAGCGCCAUCACUUACUACUAGUAUCCUCCAGGCUUUUGCAGCUGGCUCCGAUCACGAAGACCCCAGCCCCAAAACUCCUGCAAAAGACCCUGCUCCCAAAGACUCCGAUUUUGAGGACGCCGCAACUUGCAGCAAGAAACCGAAGCCCAAAUCCCCGCUCAAACCUGCUGUUCUGCGUUUCAACGAAGAAGUCAUCACAAUCUCACCAGUCAGUUCAAGCACGAAUAUCGCAGGAGAGAAGGACAACCCCCGAGAAGACCGCAGCCCCCAGCAAGGCCGAGUCUCAACCCAGCCUCUCUCACGAUCCGUACCAAAUACGGACCUGGCCGGUAUCGAUUUCGAUUGGGAAGCUCGUCGAGAGUCCAUCAGAGCACGAUCUCUCAAGACCAGAAUUCGAAGGAGACUCCAACAUAGCCCUGAUAGAGACAACAACAACAAUAACGACGCUGCAGCACCCAUGUCUUCGAGGGAAGUUGAUGAGCAAGCGGGCGCCGAAUCUCUCGGCAGCUUGAAAGGCAUUGUGUCAUCGUUGAAGAAAGUCGGCUCCAUCCACAGCAACAACUCCACCAUGUCCACCAAAGAACACGACGAGCACGAAGGCGAUGAACCGCUCACCAGCUUCAAGGGCAUAGUGUCAUCAUUGAAGAAGGUUGGCUCCACUCACAGCAACCACAGCUCCAAGAGCGAAUCCUCAGAGACCACCUUGUCGAUCGAAGACAUGCCAAAAGACCGCCCAGAGCUGGAAGCUCGACUCAACAUUAUUCUCGGCCGUCUUGAUCGACUUCGCAACCAAGUCCGACUUUUCAACAGUCUCAUCAAGGAAUACUACGAUCUCUUCGAGUCCCAGCGCCGCAUCCAUGCCACCUAUCCCGAAGUCAAGGUGGUGUUGGAGGAGGAGCUCGAAAAUGUCCGCAAGAUGCGAACCGGGUUCGAAAAGUCCCUCAAAGCUCUCCAUCGCCAAAUCGACCGGAUUGCAACUGCGAGAGCGCGCUUGGACGAGAGUGAAGGUCAGGUAUGCACCAUCUGGGAUAUGUACAUGGGAUACAAGCAUGAGGAUGAGUGGGCAGACCUCUUUGCCUACUAA